UGAUGAUGGUGUAGAUGAGGAGACACGUGUGCAGUGGACACAGUGGACGAGUAGACGAGCUCAGAGGUGGACACAUGGAGAGGACUGUCUGACCACAGGUUCAUCUUCUCUCUUCUUCACUCCUGAUCUGACGGCGUCUCAUCGCACACAGAAUGACCGUGUAUCACCUGACAACCGACCACCAACUGAACUACAGCUGCAACGGCUCCUCUCCGCCCUCCAACUGGACAGUAGGGGGCGACACCGUGCAGCUGCCCACCUUCACCACAGCAGCCAAAGUCAGAGUGGUCAUUACCUCCAUCCUGUGCCUCACGUCUGCCUCCUGCAACAUGGCCGUGUUGUGGGCGGCGCACAUCGACGGGAAACGCAAAUCCCACGUCAGAGUGCUGAUAAUCAACCUGACGGUGGCCGACCUUCUCGUGACCUUCGUCGUGAUGCCCGUGGAUGCGAUCUGGAACAUCACGGUUCAGUGGCUGGCUGGAGACUUAGCCUGCAGGCUGCUGAUGUUUCUGAAGCUGCAGGCCAUGUACUCCUGUGCAUUUGUCACCGUGGUCAUCAGCCUGGACAGACAGUCGGCUAUCCUCAACCCUCUGGCUAUCAACGAGGCCAAGAGGAGGAACAGGGUCAUGCUGUCUGUGGCCUGGGCCAUGAGUUUUGUGCUCUCAGUCCCUCAGCUCUUUCUUUUCCACGUGGUCACCAUCAUUCAUCCAGAAGACUUCACUCAGUGCACCACACAUGGAAGCUUCGUCCUUCACUGGCAUGAAACGGCCUACAACAUGUUCACCUUCAGCUGCCUGUUCCUGCUGCCGCUGGUCAUCAUGAUCACCUGUUACACCAGGAUCUUCUGUGAAAUCACCAAAAGACUGAAAACAGACAAGUUGCCCUCCAGUGAAGUGCAUCUGCGACGUUCUAAGAACAACAUCCCCAGAGCUCGCAUGAGAACGUUCAAGAUGAGUAUGGUGAUCGUGGUGUCUUUCAUCGUCUGCUGGACCCCCUACUACCUGCUGGGUCUGUGGCACUGGUUCUUUCCUGACGACCUGGAGGGUAAGGUCUCCCACUCUCUGACCCACAUCAUGUUCAUCUUUGGUCUGGUCAACGCCUGUCUGGACCCAAUCAUCUACGGCCUGUUCACCAUCGACUUCCGGAAGGGACUGCGCAGGUAUUAUCGUAACGCCCCCAAAACAACUGCCCCGGAAACCAACACUGUCACCACUGGAUCGUUCACGUUAGCUUCAAACUUCAUACCGCUGAAGAGAGAAGCGAACUGCCGUGAGAACGGCACCAGAGACGGGACGACGUCAGCGGACAGCCUCUUAUUUUCAAACAACAACACGGAAACAGAUCUGAACCAGUGCCGCUCCAUGAGCUGAGGAGAACGUCUCGCCGUAGAGUCCUGAAGAAAAUGACAUGAUGUUCACCAUUACUCUGACAAUCUCCACCAGGGAGGUGCAACCUGUGGCUCCAGAGCCCAGCUGUAGCUCCUCAGUCUAAGUGUAAGACCAGCUGUGGGGUUUGUGGAUGUGAAAUAGUCAGUAGACCACACACACACACACACACACACACACACACACACAC